CAAGAGCGGUACGCGAACGCGCAAUCGGCAGCGCUCCCUCAAAGAAAGACACUUUUCUCAGACGAGAGUUUCCCCCGGUUCAAAAGAAUUCUUUUCGAGUGCUGUUUUCUUUUUUUUUUUACUGUGUGUCUCUGCUCUUUGCUACGUGCUGUGCGGUUCUGAGUUGUGCGAUAGUUUUCCAUGGUUGCGCUGAUUGGGAAAUUGUGAAGGUCAGCGCGUCGACGCGAUCGGACUCUCAGUUGAGUGUGUGUCGUAAUCGGGCCAAGAGAUCAAUAUCUGCUAGAUAUUCUGGAUCAAUAUCUUUAUAACUUAAGUGCAACAAAUGGUUUUAUAAAUACACCCAGUCUCCCGUGCAGCUCAUGCAUGUAAAUGUGCCGCCCUCCGCCACUUCGGCUGCCACUCCUGCCACACUCCUGCCACACUCCUGCCACACUCCUGAACACACUCCCUGAACACACCCACUCUCACCUGCAGUUCGUAAAUGUACGUAGCUGCAGGCAUGCAUAAUUGAAGAGCUGCACGUGUGAAGUCGCCAACAGCUGACGCCACUAAAGUCAUCAACUGGCGCAUUUGUAGUUGCAUUCUGCAGUCGGACUUUCCGCACUUUCCACCGGAGUUCCAGCAGAGCCAAGCUUGCAACUCCAGCAGCAGCGGCAGCAGCAACUGCUGCAUAUUUAAGUGCCACCGUGGCAAACGAGGACUCCACAUAAAGCGGAGACAAACUCGCCCUUGCUGGCCAGAUUAAUGGUCACCAGUGCGGGGUCACCAGUGCGGGGUCACCAGUGCGCGGGGUCACCACUCCCAACUCCAGACAGGCGGCACAUCUGUGCCACACAUCGUAGACUAGUCUGCCUCUUGGCUUUAAAAGAUUGAUAGAACAGCUCGGCAAUUAAAUCCUCUUCCCUUUUCACAGAAUAGAAUACUCAAGCCACGUCAGAGAUGAACAGUUCAUGCCGCCAUUAGCUGCCGAGCAGCCGGUGUGCAAUGUUGGCUGCUGGCAGCAGUGAGAUCGCCGAUUUCGGGCCAACCUCGAGGCGCCUGCCAGCGACGGCCCCAGUCACUGGCACCACUGCCACCUCCAACUGCUCCGCCGACGAAGGCAGGCAGCAGCAGCGACUCUCCGUUGGCACAACGCCCAAGCGGCCCCACAAGGCGAGCCACCGAGCCACCGGACCGAUGACAACCAGCGGCACGAGCGCCGCCUCAACGGGUGGCAACGGGAGCCACGGUGGUGCAGGAGGAGCUGCCAGGAGUGGUGCUGGUGGCGCCACCACUACGACAACGGUGACGGCGACGCCGGGCAAGGCCAUGGUGAGCCACGGCCGCAGCCACAGCCACGCCCACUCGCGAGGGAGCGGACGCCAUGCGGCAGCCGCUGCUGCCCAGCGGCCCAAUGCCCAGAAUGCCCACGGCGGACUCGUCGGCGGCAUCGAGACGUACUUGGGCCUCAUCGGCUGGCGGAAGAAGUGCCUGUACACGCUGCUCCUCCUCCUGAUGCUGCUCAUCAUCACGAACCUGGUGCUCACCCUCUGGAUCCUCAAAGUGAUGGAGUUCUCCACGGAGGGCAUGGGCCAGCUCAAAAUCGUACCCGGUGGCAUUCAGUUGUCGGGACAAGCGAUAAUUAUGGACAUGCUGCGCACAUCGACAAUCCGUUCGCGGCACGGCCAGCCCAUCUCCAUAGAAUCAUCACGUAAUUUUUCAAUCAAUACACGUGACCCGAAUGGCAUGAUUGAGAAUCAUUUAUUUCUGGGACACGACAAGUUCGAGUGCCUGGCAGCGGGAUUUCGCAUCAACGACACCAACGGACGGAGCCUCUUCUCCGUGAACCGCAAUGAAGUCACAAUCGGAGCGCACUCCCUUCGAAUCGAUGGCGAGGGCGGAGCGGUCUUCCGGGAGUCCGUGCAGACGCCGCACAUCCGAGCGGAGCCAGGUCGCGAAUUGAGACUCGAGUCGCCCACCCGCCAACUGCAGAUGACGGCGGCCAAGGACAUCAAUUUGCAGUCCCGGGCAGGAGGCAUUGAAGUGGUGGCCCUGGAAGACGUCAAGUUCCGAGCCCUCGAUGGGAGCCUGCGACUGGAGUCCUCGAAGAUCCUGAUGCCCAACCUGCGGACGGCGCAGCCGCCCAUUCUGGGCACCGCCCAGAGUCGGGACCACAUGCACCGGGUCUUCCAGCUGUGCGCCUGCUCCAACGGCAAGCUCUUCCUGGCGGCCCCGCACUCCAUUUGCGCCGGCGACGACUCGACCGUUUGCAGAUGAUCGCACGGCGGCACUCGGUGGCAGCAGUCCACAUCCAAGUCCAAGUCCAACAGCGAUUUACCAAGCGCAGGCGGUGUGGAUUUCCAGUAGGGCGAUCGAUCGCUCGUUGCCACAACUAUAGCCGCAUGCACCACAUAUACCGCAUACCGCAUACAUGUUGAAUUACCCCCCAUACGCUAACUGUAACAUAGAGAGGUAUACCUACACAUUUAGUGGACACACACACUACGUACAUCCCGCAUUCAAAGUCCUUCUCGCACCCACAAACUGUCGAGGGAACUACUGUACCCGAACUCGAUGAACAAAAUCAAGAGCUUCUUAGACACUUGGAUGUUGUGUACUAGUUUAACAAAGGCAAUUCAGAGACAUAGGCAUAUCCAUCAUAGACAUAUACGAAUAUCAGCAGAGUAACCUCCCAAGGGAGUGAAUAUAAACCCAUACCAAACACAUAAGAUACUACCGAAUCGAAGAUAUCCUUGUAGCUAAAUUGGUGUAGACCCCCAGUGUAACUGUACUCUUCCCCUGUGAAUGUGAAUGUGUGCCUAUCAAGAUGGAAUCCAUUAGGAAGGAUCAGAAAUGCAGAUCAGUUUUCAUUUGAGAAACCUUAGCAAAAAACACAGCCGCCUUAUAGCAAAACCAUUAUUAUCAAAAUAAUAAUUUUCUUUUGAACGCUGGUGAUUUAUUAAUUUAAAAUAUUUCCCUUUUUUUUUUGACACCACAAAAUCGUUUCAACAUUAAGUGAUUUAAUUACAAAAAACCAGAUCCAUUUCCGCAGAGCAGUCCAGAGAUAUUGUACAUAAGACUGUCUACUUCAUAGAACUCGAUAUCUGCUUCGUACCAUCGACCGACCGCAACACAAAUGAAAUCGGUUAAAUCGAACCCGAUCGACUGUAUUAAUGUAGAUAACCCCGCAACGACUAAUAAAAUAUAUAUAGAAAUUGCUAACUACGAUCAGAAUAUCCAAAUCCGAGGCAGCACGCUGACAUUAAACACAAUACGAAGACAAUGAAAUAUCAUCCAAUGAAUCGCAAGAGCUAUUUAUACCUAUAUAUCUAUACAUGUGUAAUAUUACAGAUACAAGAUACAAGAUACAAAUAUAAAGCAUAAACAAUUACGAAUAUAAAUAUGAGUAAAGGAUAAAUAAAUAUGGGUAAAUAUGGAUAUAAAUACGAAUAUGAAUACAAAUAGAGUUGAAUAUGAAAUUGCCGUUGAAUUUGUCAAGUGCGAGAACACUGAUAUAUAGAUAUAUGCGAAUAAAUAAAUGUAUAUGUAUCUGUAUGUAUGUAAACAUAACGAAAUGCUUUUAAAGGGGCGUUAAGAUUAAUUUGUUGUUGAUUUUUUUUAGCACGAUUAGGAAACCUAGUGUUUAUAUAGAAUGUGUGGUGGGAUGGAAGUACGAAGUCUUUAUAACACAUAUAUUGUAAUACUUAAAGAGAUACUUAAAGAGAAAUACAUGCGUAA